UUAAGGAGCUAACAGUCUGCUUUUCUUUGUGUGAUCAGGAGGAGCGAAGGACCAGCAGCACCAUGAGAGCCGUCCCAAACUGUCUGCUGCUCCUGCUUUCUGUGGUCCUGCUGGCUGCUAAAAAUGAGGCUUUGAAGUGUUACACCUGCAUGGGCUCUAAUAAUGACGACUGCAACCGACAAGGCUCCAAGUCCUGCCCCAGCUACUCCGAUGCCUGCACUGUGGUGGUGGGCCAUGAUAGUGGCGUGAUGAAGUCAUGUUCAUACAAGUCCUUCUGCAGCCAAGCCAGCAGUCAGGGCUACAGAGCUCCGGGUGUCAAAGUUCACUGCUGCUACACUGAUGACUGCAACGUGAACAACUUCGCCUCCUGCUUACCUAGACUGAGCCAUUGGAUGCUUUUCCUCCUCCUCCUCCUGCUGCUGUUGCACUAAUCCCUCUUGAUCUCCACAAACCAAUCAAGCCAACUCACUCAUCACACAAAGGCCAACUUCAAUGCCAAAAGGACCUGCUUCCCUUUUACUUUCAAUACCCUAUUUAAACUCACAUUGUAAGGUGGAUGCUGCACAAAACAGAGUUUGGGGCCUUACUUGCAGGUUUGUGGCUUAUUGCAUCUGCAGUGCAGAAGAUGAUAUCCACUGGAUGCAUGUUUCAAAGGAUUUCACCUAAUCAGGGUAGACCAAAGCAGAUGUUCUGCUGAAGAUCUGGGGCCAGAUGUGGGUCUUAAGUCCAUCUGCAGUGGCUCUUUGUAGCUUUGAUGAGAAAUGACAUGGAAACCAGGAUUGAAUUCUCAAAGCAGAUUCAUCAUUUUGCUCUAAUAAUCUUUUGCCUAUUAGUUCAUCUAACUUCCAGGCGUUCUGCAUGACCUUUUCCUGAAAUUCACCACAUAAUGUUUUACUGUUUUAACCACAUUUAAACCAGAUGUUGAGCUGAACAAAAAAUGCUGUUUUGCACACAGAUGACAAAAGAACAUUAAGGUACUGUGAUGGCAACUGGAACCAGAAGCAAAGACUUUUCUUUUCCUGAGAACAAAGUCAAUCACAAAUAAAAAUCCAACAAGCUGGUGUUUUAGUUGGCUCUAAAUCAGAGAUGCUUCUAAGUGAGUUUCUUCUUUUCCCCCAAAUCUAUAGAGAUAAGUUAGUGUUUAAGUUGAUUUAAAGCAACACUAAAUUAUUUUCCU